GAAGCGAAACGAUGGUUGAUAGUCGGAGCUUUUCAAGCGGGAGCUUCUGAAAAGCAUGUUGCUCGCAUAUCAGGACUUUCAAGAACCGCUGUUCGUAACAUCAUUUUAAACUAUCGACGAACGGGUACACCUUGUAUUCCUAAAAAGAUACCCAACAAGAUAAGACAGAAACUGAUAGUAGAAUAUGAUGAAAAUGGUGAAAUAAUCAAUACAGACGAUGACGAUCAGGAAGAACAGCCAAAACGAACUUUUAAAAAGAAAAAGAAGCAU